CACUAUCAUUUCCCGACCCCCGCAAAAAAGAGAGAGCGAACUCGAAUUCCCCCUCUCUGCCAUCCUCCCCUCUUCCUCUUCGAAAUCGAAACCCUAACACCAUUUUUUCGGGACAAGUCCCUGGAUGCUUCUGAGGCCAUCCAUUUUCUGAUUCUCUUCAACUCUCCUAUUUUAUUGUUUUGGGGCGAGCGAUCUCUGAAGAUGGAUAUCGAACAGAAGCAGGCGGAGAUUAUCGAUCAGUUCGUUAAACGAGCUUCUACUUGCAAAGGCGAGGCACUUGCACCUAUCGUACUUGAAGCGACGUCGAAUCCGUCGCUCUUCGCGUUCUCCGAGAUUUUGGCUGUACCCUCCGUUGCCGAGCUCGAUGGAACGUCAAAUUCUGUAUACCUGGAUGUGCUACGGUUAUUUGCGCAUGGGACCUGGGCUGACUACAAGUGCAUUACUGGGCGUAUUCCUGAAUUGGUUCCUGAUCAAGUUCUUAAGCUAAAACAGCUCACUGUUCUUACCCUGGCUGAGACAAACAAGGUAUUGCCCUAUGAUAGUCUGAUGCAGGAAUUAGAUGUUACAAAUGUACGUGAACUCGAGGACUUUCUUAUCAAUGAAUGUAUGUAUGCGGGUAUAGUAAGAGGAAAGCUGGACCAGUUGAAAAGAUGUUUUGAGGUUCAGUUUGCGGCUGGUAGGGAUCUAAGGCCAGGACAACUUGGGAAUAUGAUGCUCACAUUGUCAAACUGGUUGAACACGUCAGAGAAUCUACUUGUUUCAAUUCAAGAGAAGAUAAAGUGGGCAGACAAGAUGGGUGAGUUUGAAAAGAAACAUCGGAAGGAAGUUGAAGAAAGGGUGGAAGAAGUGAAAAAGUCUCUUUCCAUGAAGAAGUUGCACACUGUGGGCAGGCAGAUGUUGACCUCGGAGGGCACGAGGAGAUCUUUGCUGAACCAAGUGGAGUGAUGGAUUACGAAGAAGAUAGAAGCCGACCCAAGAGGAGGAGGCAUCCAGUAACUUAAAACAAAGAGCCAUAGACACAUUCCUUUUGUUCAGCCUGAGGUGAUGAUGAUAUAAGUUUUUUUUUUUUGCGGGAAGGAUGUUAAACCCUUUCGGCUGCCAACUUUUGUUGUUUGGGGGCCUCUUUUCACAUAUCUCAAGACACGCGUUUCUCUCUCAAUCCAAUCCAUUAUGUCAGUUUAAAAAAAAAGGAGCAAAAGGGGAAGUCACCCAGGGCGUUACGUGGUUUGAUUUCCCGAUUCAUGCCUUUGUGAUUGAACCAUGUUUUCUCUGAAUGACGACAUGAUUACUUCA